GCAGUGGCCCCGAGUCCUCGUCCUCAGCGGGGUGGCACAAAAGGCCUUUGGUUUCUCUUCCAGAAGCACUAGGCCAGCGGGCCUGCACCAUCUCUGUUCAGUGAGUGUCUAGGGGGAGGAAGAUGCCAUCGGAGAAGCUCUGGAGCGUCCUGGGGCUCUGCCUCUUAUCCGUUGGCGCUUGGGGGCAAGAAGAGAAUAAAGACAUUGGUGACUUUUCACAUCAUCCAAAGACAUUUAAAGUCUCCAUCUCCGGAACCAGGGUGGAGUUAACAUGUCCUGAGGACCCUGAUUCUGAGCAAAUAAAAUGGGAAAAAGAUGGUGUACUAAUACCCGAUCAUCACGAGGAACACCUGUUAUUAGACAAUUUCUCCGAAAUGAAAAACAGCGGUCAUUACACCUGCUACAGAGACAACUCGAAUAACCAUCGCAACCAUCUCUACCUAAAAGCAAGAGUGUGUGAGAACUGCAUGGAGGUGGACCUGGUGGCCGUGGCCGGGAUCAUCGUGGCCGACGUCUGCCUCACCCUGGGCUUGCUGCUGCUGGUGUAUCACUGGAGCAAGAACAGGAAGGCCAAGGCCAAGCCUGUGACCAGAGGCGUGGGUGCCGGCGGCAGGCCCGGUGGACAAAACAAGGAGAGGCCACCGCCAGUUCCUAAUCCGGACUAUGAGCCCAUCAGGAAAGGCCAGAGGGACCUGUACUCCGGACUGAACCAGAGAGGCGUCUGACACUCGUGAGGACCCACCUCCCAGGGCAGGCCUGGCUCCUCCCUCUCCAGGCACCGCUCCACCCUGGACCCCCCAGGAGAUCUGUCCCCUGCCCAGAGGGGAACUCCCACCUGCAGCCUGCCCGCCCUCCCCCCAUCCCCGCUCCCCCCAACCCCUUCGCACCUCUCUGCUGGCAGCCAGUCCUAGGAUAUUGCUGCCUCUUUGUUCUUUGAAAUAGCGUUCCUCACCUAUCACCCCGCACUCUCACCACCACUCCCCUCCUCUCUCUCUGGAGGUUCCUUCGCGCCCUCCCGUUCCUGCGUAUAAGUUGCCUCACCCUCACUGUCCACCUGCCGUUCUGCUUGUCCAGCUCUCCUUUGGGCGACGCUCUGUGCGAGUGCCCUGGGUCAGCGCUGGCCGGGGUGCCCCCAGAGCUUCCUCUCCCCUUCUCCACUGCCCCUCCCCCGCCCAGGGUCACUGCCAUCUCCGUGAGCAUGCUGGGCUCCUGCGGGCGGGAGAGA